AACCCUAGAGUCUGAAAGUGGCGUCAUGCAUAUAAAAGUAACGGUAGUGCAUCUGUUGUAGCCGCCGCAAGGGAGACGCCAAAGUCCAUCAACAAUGUCGAAGCGAGGGAGGGGAGGAUCUGCGGGGAACAAGUUUCGGAUGUCGCUGGGUCUUCCAGUGGCUGCUACUGUCAACUGUGCGGAUAACACAGGAGCCAAGAAUCUCUACAUCAUUUCAGUGAAAGGGAUCAAAGGCCGCCUUAAUAGGUUGCCAUCCGCAUGUGUCGGUGACAUGGUCAUGGCCACCGUCAAGAAGGGCAAGCCUGAUCUCAGGAAGAAGGUCUUGCCUGCUGUUAUUGUUAGGCAACGCAAGCCAUGGCGCCGAAAGGAUGGCGUCUUCAUGUAUUUCGAAGUUACUGAGAAGCGUAUGGCUAGUAAAGAGUGCUAUUUUACUACUACGUCGUGUUCUUCUGAUAAUGCCGGUGUAAUUGUCAACCCCAAGGGAGAGAUGAAAGGUUCGGCUAUUACUGGCCCCAUCGGGAAGGAAUGUGCUGAUCUCUGGCCGAGAAUUGCUAGUGCUGCUAAUGCCAUUGUGUGAGGACAGAAAGCUGAAGCUGUUAGUUCUUGGCAUGUUUUAGUAAUCAAAUUUGCGUUCCAAGUGUUUUUUUUUUUUGCCUCUGGCUUUGUUAGAGACAGUUGCAGGCUAAUUUUUGAGGUUUUCUUAAUCUGUUGGAUUGCUUCGGUUUAAAUAUCUGUUGCUUUACUUUGCUCUUUUCUACUUUGUUAACUUUUGCUAUAGAUACGAAGGACUAAUGUUCUAUAACUUUAAUAUUUGGAGAAAUUUUAGAAAGUUUUGGCUGUUAUUGUA